UCACCAACACAGAAAACCUCGCAGCAGCAGCAGCAGGAUCAUAGCACAAACACGAAGGUUAAUCAAGCGAGCGCUUAGCUAAUAAGCGCGCGGUCUUCUUUUUCCUCGAGAGUGAGUGAGAGUAUUGAGGCGCGAGAAGAGAUGGCUCUGAACGGCGGCAAGACGUUCGUGCAUGACGAGGAGAAGCAGCGGCUGCUCCUGGAGGAGCACACCGAGAAGCACUUCACCGCAGGCGAGGUGGUCCGUGACAUCAUCAUCGGCGUCUCCGACGGCCUCACCGUACCCUUCGCGCUCGCCGCCGGCCUGUCCGGCGCCAACGCCUCCUCCGCGCUCGUGCUCACCGCGGGGCUCGCCGAGGUCGCCGCCGGCGCCAUCUCCAUGGGGCUCGGAGGGUAUCUGGCGGCGAAGAGCGAGGCUGAUCACUACAACAGGGAGCUGCAGCGCGAGCAGGACGAGAUCGACACCGUCCCCGACGUCGAGGCCGCCGAGAUCGCCGACAUCCUGUCGGAGUACGGGCUGGGGCCGCAGGAGUACGGCCCCGUGGUGACCUCCCUCCGCAACAACCCCAAGGCGUGGCUGGAGUUCAUGAUGAAGUUCGAGCUGGGGCUGGAGAAGCCCGAGCCCCGGCGCGCGCUGGUGAGCGCCGCCACCAUCGCGCUGUCCUACGUCGCGGGCGGGCUGGUGCCGCUGCUCCCCUACAUGUUCGUGCCGGAGGCCGGGCGCGCCAUGGCCGUGUCCGUCGCCGUCACGCUCGCGGCGCUGCUCUUCUUCGGCUUCGUCAAGGGCCGCUUCACGGGCGACCGCCCAUUUUUCAGCGCCGUCCAGACCACCGUCGUCGGCGCGCUCGCCUCCGCCGCCGCCUACGCCAUGGCCAGGGCCGUGCAGUCCAUAUGACGAUGAUGAUUAAUGAGGCAGCUCGUGGUGAAAAGUCCGCUCGCCGGCCGGUCGCCGGAGGUCGUAUCAUUCAUCACCGGCCGGCCGGCCGGCUAGGAUGGCGAAGAAAAAUAAGGGCAGCUACUACGCAUACGUGGUAGCCAAACUGUACUGUACAACGUGUAGUGUGCUUGUACUAUCACAGUACUAGUACUAGUGUGUACUUUGUUUGAUGGCUGCCUGCGUGUCGCACAUGUCGUGUUUGGAUGAUUUAGGUGAAGCCAAACUGUGGCCCGCUGGGCUUUUCUUGUGUAAUUUGGCAAGCGGAGGCCCAAAUUGGGUGCCCUUUGGGCUCUGUCUCUA